AUGGAUCGUUCACAGAAUCAUCCUCUACCAACUCCCCCUGCUUCCGCAGCCUCUCCUGCCACGAGCACCGCCUCGACAGGGAACCGAACAUCUGCUCUCCCAACCCCGCGUUCGCACCGUCUGCAGCCUGGGUCGCAGAAAGAGAUUGCCCUGAUCAACUACUUGGACGAUCGCAUUUUGAAGAUCACACGGAGAUAUGCCAAAAAGUUCAGUCACGAGGGGCUCGAGAAAGAUGACACACCCGGCUACACGACCUACGACGAGUUUGUGGCCGAUGUUGAUCCUCUCGUGGAUGUAGUGUGGAUCAGUGGCACGCCAACCAUCCAGAUUCCCUACCUCCUGUCUCUCGCCGGACUGGCUUGUUCCUAUCUUGAGGCUUUCCCCUUCUCGACCUCGGUGUUUCCUCUCACGAGCAAGAUUGAUCAGGGCUUUGCGACUCUAUUACAGCCCUCGGAGAACGGCACCGCCGCAACCACCAUGCCCUACCACGUCUCAAUGACGGAAAAGGUUCGCAUCAAGUCGCUGAUCGAGGAGACCCGGGUCGCGGCUGUGAACGCAGCUUCGGAGAGUGGUCACGAUACGCACACACACGAUCUUUCCGAGACGGAGACAGAGGACGAGGACAAGGAUACAGAGGAGGAGGACGAUCAACCGCAGAACAUGUCCAUAUCGCUUGGACUAUCGAGGAUAUACAAAAGAACAUUGGAGAUCCUAGGUGAUUCACUGGUCGCUGAUGCCCUGCCACAAGCUCAGGGCAACGAUUGA